CUGAUCCCUAGCAGCUUGUGGCUUCUAUUGGGCAGUGCUUUAACAAAAGCAGUGAACGAGGUGGCAUAAAUAAAUAUGAAGCUAGCAAAAGCGUGUUCAGAGCCAGGUCUGUCCCACGAGGAUGCCACACGCCGGGGAUGAGACCGCAGAGACUCAUCGUUGUGUUGUCAUUAUUUUGUUUCUCUUUCCCUCUUUGAUGUUUCGUUUCCCUCUCUGGGUCCGGCUGAUCGGCUGUCCCCGGAGAGUACACAGACACAAAGCUGUACCGUACUGCUCCCCUCCCAACACCAAGCUUGUGUGCCGAUUUUACCUGCCCAAAAUAAACUAACGGUGCAUCAACAGGUACUAUUGCUACACCUCUUGCUGUGCUGUAUUUUAAGCCGAGUCAGCCCCAUUCCCCUACAAAAGACAAGAUCCAUCAACAUAUCUCGAUUGUUGCCGCAUUACUGUUUUGCAUUGCCUUCACCUGCCAUAGAUAAUCUCAAGGUGCAUCAACAGGCACGACUUCUACUUAACCUUUUGUUUUAUCUUGGGGAAAAUCAGUUCCUUUUCCCUUACAGCAAAAGAAAAUAGAGGUCGGUAACAAAUGAUACCACCAAAAGUACACGAAGACACUGAGACACAGCUAAAGAAACAUGUCAAUGCUAUCUCGUUAAUGGUGUACCUAUCUUAGUGUUGUAUGUGUCUCCAAUACCAAAGAAAGGUAAGAAACAAGUGCCAGACAAAAGGAAUCAACGUUUUAAGAUCGGCGUGUGGGGAGGAAGAGGCUGUGGGGGUCGUGCGGCCGGCAGCGGGGCGGCGGCAACAAGGGGUCGGGAGAGAGGUUCGCCGCCAGUCCGUCUGUAGCCAGUGUGUCAUGCGAGUGGGGAAGCUGUGACCUUUGACCUUUAAGUGGUGACGUCAUCUUUUGGGAUUCUAACAGGUGUCCUACGGAUUAGUGACUUCGGGCGCGCGAGCUGAUGAAGGGGCAGCAGCCUUUGAGGGACCAAGAGCGCUGGGCGUGUUCCUUCAUAUAGUUCCUCGCCCUCAGGAGUCCGGCGGCGCCAUCAACCCCGUCCCCCGCCUUCCGCACCCCAGCAGAAAAACCUCGAGUGUCAGCCCUUGGUGAAAACUGCAGCUACCUGGGGUUUAAUAUUCUGUGAUUUCCCAAUAUUCUGAGUUACUCGAAUUCCGGCAUAUUCAUCCUCGGUGAUGGAAGCUGAGGAACUGGUUUCAUCCGGCGCGAGACCCUCCUUGCCUCCCUCCAGGAUUCCCGGACUCUAAAAGAUGAAUAGCACCACUUUAAGUACUUUGAGAAUGAUGGUGUAAAGGCCGGGGAUAAGGUAGGAAUGGAGGUGCGUCGUGAAGGCAGUGAGAGUUAAAGGUGAACGGGAACGCAGAUGCAUGUUCGGCCCGUUCCCGGCCAUCCCACACUAUCUUCCUCUCCACCUGACCUUGACUGACCUGCAAUGACCUGGAGACGACCCAAGGUGUUCCUUCCAGUCAAUAAGAUUAUGCUCAACUGGAAACUACCCCAACUGGUCUCUUCGCUGUCAUGAGGCGUCUUCUCGUCCUCCUCUUCUCCACGUUCAUACUCUUAUCCACUGCCGCUGCUUCUGCUGUUGGAGGCAAAGGUGGAGGACGAAAGCACUCCGAGGACCACCAGGAUGGGUCAGAAAGGUCAACCGCACCAUCGGAAAGAGAGAGACGUCUGGCGGUCGCGGCGCCCCCGUCACCUAAUCCCGGCCUGGCCGCCCAACCCAAGGUGUCGCUGAAGAAUACUGACCCUAGCGGCCUGCCCACCACCGACGCCUCCUCCUCCGCGACCAUCCACCUCAACACCCGCCUCUUCCAGACAGUGAGGAAGGAAGUCUCCACUACGAUCUCGUUGCCUACAACCCCCAGUCCCACAAACGACACACUCCUUCAGGAAGAUGACCAGAGCACCCUCAGCAAACCACAUGUCCCGACGCCCCCCGCCCCCUCCACUGCCUCGACCCCCAGAAACUUCACGCCCGUGUAUCGCCUCGGGGCAGUCUUCGAACCGGAGCACAUUCAGAGCCUCUCUUCAAUUUUCUUCCAGUCGUUACAAGAGCAAAAUCGCCUCCUCGGGGGUCUCUUCCGCUUGGAGGGAGUCGCCAUAGAGACGCCCGUGCUCACCCUCAGCUCCCUGAAAGGCACCUGCGAGACGCUGCAACGCGAGAACGUAUCCGUCGGUCUGGCCGUGGGUGUGACACAGAGCAUCUACGCCUCGGGCACCCUGGCGUCCCUGGCCGGAGUGUCCCUCAUCGCCAGGACCAUCAAGGGCUACAGGGACGACACUCUCAAGGUAAGUGAUGCCGGUGAAGCCUUGCGAGGCUUUUGUUACUUCAACACAACACUUCUUGUUUCUGUCGCUAAGAAGCGACAAAACACAAAGUAACCGUUAAGAGUUUAGA